AACUGAUGCAAUUUGUGUGCAUUUUUUAGUCAGGCAGGCCAAGAAGUUAAAAGCAGUUGCAUUAAAUUAUAUUAGAUCAUUUCAGAAAAUGCCUACAAAGCAGUUUUCCGAGCUAACAAUGAGUGCGCUUUUCACUUCGGAAAAGCGUGGAAGCGACGAUUCGGGCGAUGGCAGCGAGGCCAAGCCAUAUAAAACCAUUUUGCAGGCGAUGCGUCAUGCCGGCAAGGAGCCCUUUCCCACUAUCUAUGUGGACAGCAAGGACCCGAACGCCAGCGAAGUCUACGAGCCGGCAGCCAAAUCGCAGCUGAAGAAAAUCCAAAAGCUCUUUGUGCGCGAGGGCCACAAGAAUGCGGAUAAGGAGCAGCGCGAGGCCGAGGAUGCUGUGAAGCGGCAACAGAAUCUGGAAGACGCUCGCAAAGUGAAGAUCAGCGAGGAUCCCAGCUUGCCGGUGGCCAAGAGAAUUCGCAUCGUCGAGGGCACCGAGCAGCGCAACACUCGUGUCAAAAUCUACGGCUGGGUACAUCGUUUGCGCCGACAGGGCAAAUCCUUGAUGUUCAUUACCUUGCGCGAUGGCACCGGAUUCUUGCAGUGCGUGCUCAACGAUCUGCUGUGUCAGACGUACGAGGCGCUGAUGCUCAGCACUGAGAGCACUGUGCUGCUCUAUGGCACGCUGCGGCUGCUUCCGGAGGGCAAAACAGCGCCAGGCGGACACGAGCUGAAUGUUGAUUAUUGGGAACUGAUUGGCUUGGCGCCGCCGGGCGGUGCUGAUGCAAUACUCAACGAGGAGGCGCAUCCCGACGUGCAGCUGGACAACAGGCACAUCAUGAUACGCGGCGAGAACACGUCCAAGGUGCUCAAGAUGCGCUCCGUUGUGAUGCAGGCAUUCCGUGCACAUUACAUUGAGCGCGGCUACAACGAGGUGACGCCUCCAACGCUAGUGCAGACCCAGGUCGAGGGCGGCUCCACGCUGUUCAAGAUGCAGUACUUUGGCGAAGAGGCCUACCUCACACAGAGCUCCCAGCUCUAUUUGGAGACAUGCCUGCCGGCACUGGGCAAUGUGUUUACCAUUGCGCAAAGCUAUCGGGCUGAGCAGAGCCGGACACGUCGCCAUUUGGCGGAGUACACUCACAUUGAGGCCGAGUGUCCGUUCAUUACUUUUGACGAUUUGCUGGAUCGCCUGGAGGACUUGGUCUGUGAUGUGGUUGAUCGCGUUUUGAAGUCGCCUUGGGGCUACCUCGUCAAGGAGCUCAAUCCCGAUUUUAAGCCACCAAAGAAGCCAUUUAGGCGCAUGCCAUACGCCGACGCCAUCAAAUGGCUCAAGGAGAACAACGUGCCCAAGGAAGACGGCACGUUCUAUGAAUUCGGCGAGGAUAUUCCGGAGGCGCCCGAGCGCAAAAUGACUGACACAAUCAAUGAACCGAUUCUGUUGAUUAAAUUUCCGGCCGAAAUCAAAUCGUUUUACAUGUCGCGCUGCAAGGACGAUCAGCGCCUUACCGAGAGCGUGGAUGUGCUGCUGCCGAAUGUGGGUGAAAUUGUUGGCGGUUCCAUGAGGAUUUACGACAGCGCCGAGCUAAUGAAGGGCUACGAGCGCGAGGGCAUCGAUCCCAAGCCCUACUACUGGUACACAGAUCAGCGCGUCUACGGCACAAUGCCGCACGGCGGCUACGGCCUGGGUCUGGAACGCUUCCUCUGCUGGCUGCUCAACCGCUAUCACAUCCGCGACGUCUGCCUCUAUCCACGCUUCCUCGACAGAUGCAAGCCUUAAGUCGCUUCGCGAUUUCUACAACACGCAGCAUUUACAAAUCUAAACAGUUUCCGCUUAAAGCUUAUAUAUAAUCCCAACUUGUCUUACGUUUAACUCACGUACAAAAGUAAAAACACGCCCAAAGGCUAAAAAAUAUCUGUUGAGAUGCUCGGCAUCUGCAACAAAGAUAGAUGCAUAUUAUUGCCCGCUCUCGCUUAAGCGGAGCUUUAUUAACCAAUUCUCAAGGCCAAUAAAAGAGCAACAAAAAAGUCAA